UGGCCGCCGCCUACAGCAGUAACAGCAGCAGCAGCACUGCAGCGCGUCCAUUAUAUCUUCGCUCAAUUUGAUCUUCACAGGGAAGAAGAUGCUUUUUAAAUCACUCUGGACCUUCACCGUUCUUAUCCUCACAUUCAGUCUGGGUUUCGCCGAUGACGACCAUGAAAUGGAGGAGUUUCUGAAGCGGGAGUAUUCCCUUUCAAAGCCUUACCAAGGUGUGGGAUCCUUAGGCUCCUCCCACUGGGAGCUGAUGGGGGAUGCCAUGGUAACCACGGAACAGGUGCGCCUCACACCUGACAUGCAGAGCAGACAGGGGGCAGUGUGGAGCCGCAUUCCUUGCCAUCUGAAGGACUGGGAGAUGCAGGUGCACUUUAAGAUUCAUGGGCAAGGAAAGAAGAACCUGAAUGGUGAUGGGCUGGCCAUUUGGUAUACGAUGGAACGCAUGCAGAAAGGUCCUGUUUUUGGAAAUAAGGACAAUUUCACAGGCUUGGGUGUGUUUGUGGACUCGUAUCCCAACGAGGAGAAGCAACUCGAGGCACAGAAAAAGAGAUACACUCCUCGCACACAGAGGAUUUUCCCCUUUGUUCUGGCCAUGGUGGGGAACGGCAGCAUCAGCUAUGACCAUGAGCGCGACGGUCGGACAACAGAGCUGGGCGGCUGUAACGCCAUGGUGCGCAACCUCAAACAUGACACCUUCCUCUUCAUCCGUUAUGUUCGCCGCAGGCUCACGGUGAUGAUAGAUAUUGAUGGGCAGCACGAGUGGAGGGACUGUCUCGACAUACCGGGGGUGCGGUUGCCACAAGGCUAUUAUUUUGGUGCCUCAGCCAUUACUGGAGAUCUUUCAGAUAACCAUGAUAUCAUUUCCCUGAAACUCUACCAACUGACGGUGUUACGCAGUCAAAAGGAAGAGCAAGAGGAGGAGGAAGAUGUGAUAACUAUUCCCAGUGUUGAUAACCUGGAACUGCUGAGAUUGGUUCAGACUGAGGAGGGGAUGAGCGGCAUCUCCAUUUUCUUCACCGUGCUCUUCUCGAUGCUGGGUUGCGUGUUCCUCGUCGUCAUCGGCGUGGUGGUGUACAGCCACUGGAACGAGAGCCGCCGCAAGCGCUUUUACUGAAGGAGGGGUGAGACGGGACGGAGGACAGCGAUUGUGGUAACUACUGUACUCAGGUCCACGGACCUCGACUGCUCAAAAGUGAAAUACUGCUGCCGGCCACUAGAGCGCAGUAGAUUGUUGUAUCGUGACAGGAGAUGGAGUAAAAGUGUCACCUGCUACAAAAAGCCUCUCUCCAACUUUGCCAUCGGUAGUCAUGAAGCAGCAGGAGGACUCACCCGCUGCACUGGUGAUGACACAGCAGACAAACACUAACGGUGUGUUACACCACUCCUUGUGAGCGUCGACAUUUCACCUCUUUUUUUUUUUUUUGGAUCGCUGAUGACAUUUUUUGUAGAUUUGAGAGUUCUAAAUAUAAAGAGUACCUGAUGUGCCGCUGCUCCAGAUUCAUUGGCCAUCUGCAAGUAUGACUUCAUCUGCUGAAUAAAGAUACAAAUCUACUCUU